AAUUCUGUUUGAUGAAGGAACAGCAUGUCCCGGAGAAAACAGUCCAACCCUCAGUGUGUUUACAUGGACUCUCCUCCUCUCACCUCUACUCAACACUCUCAAUCAGAUGACACCCAAAUCAGUACCACGUCUCCACCAUGGAAUGUCCACGCCUGUGAGAGUUGCUGCGCCGAGUUCCUUACCCUCUCACAUCUCCAAGAGCAUCAAAUGAGUUGCACUAAGAAUGAUUUAGUUCUAAUAGUAAGUGAUAAUGAUGCACCAGCAUCUCCAGCUUCAUCUCUUACGUUUAGUCCACCUCAUCAGCACAUGAAGGAACAGAGGGAUGACAACAUCAGUACUGAAGGAUUACUUAAGGAAAACAAGGAAUCCACACCGAUGUCCGAGAGCAUCAGUUUUGAAGAUGCCCAUAAAGUUGGAAAUGACUGUACAGCCACUGCCCCACUUACUUCAGUGUCUUUAUCAGUUCUGGCUGAAGCAGACUCUCCACCUGACUUAAGUAUAGCCUCGUGUACCAGCACCAACGUCUUUAUUGAGAAUUUAGAAAGUACAAAAGUUGCUGUGGCUCAGUUCUCCCAGGAGCUAUGUCUGAAUGCAGAGGUUAACAGUGACAGUAGUAAUAAUUGCAGCACAGUCACACCAAGGCUGAUUAAGCAACUUUUGGCCUUGCAGCAACAGCAGGCACAGCAGUUAAGGCUCAUUGAACAAAUUCAACAUCAACUUUUACUGUUAGCAUCGCAAAAUCCAAAUACAUCAGAAAUCUACCCCACCUGUCAAGGUACAUUGGGAAUUUCUUUGAUUAACCCCCUUAUGACACUCAGCACCCACCUCUCCCAGCAGCUAGUGGAUGCUGCAGGGUUAGCACAAAGUCUUCCAAAUCAAUCUGCCAGCAUUAACAAAAUCAAACAAAGCAAGCUCCCAGUUUCAUCCAGCAACCAGGAUGGUACAGCAAUCUUGGGGUCCAAAGAUGCCAGAUAUGGGGUCCAAAUGACAGAUAUAGAUAAAAGCAAGCAUUUGAUAAGAAGAAUUGAUAGCUAUCCAUCUUCCCCUGACAAUGCAUUUUACAGUCAGCAGAUUGACAGUCUUUCACCUUCCCAUUCCUUUGCAGCUGAUGCCAGUCAACCAAAAUUAGUGAAUGAUCACAGUCUACCUCAUAGAUCUACUGGAAAUGACAUUGUGGCAAAAACAUUGCCCAACAUUGGGGAAAUUGUAGAGGACUUGAAUUCUUUGAAUGCUGUAGCUCAGCAAAGAAAGCACAAACUGCCCAAUGUGACUUCAUUCAAACACAAAAGCUUUUUUGAUGAAGGUUUGUUUAAGCAUAAGUGCAGAUUUUGUGCCAAAGUAUUUGGAAGUGACAGUGCUUUAAAGAUACACUUACGAUCACAUACUGGAGAGAGACCGUACAAGUGUAACGUCUGUGGGAAUCGCUUUUCAACUCGUGGAAAUCUAAAAGUUCACUUCCAGCGCCAUAAAGAGAAAUAUCCAAACAUAAAAAUGAAUCCCUACCCAGUUCCAGAGUACUUAGACAAUGUUCCAACAAAUACAGGCAUCCCAUAUGGUAUGUCCAUGUUGCCAGAUCAGUCGGCAUCCAAGUGGUUAGACAGCAAACCAUCUGUGACCAACUUACCUGGUUUGUUAACCUCAUCCCUGCCAAGUCUUCCAAGCGUUAUUAAAAGAGAGAUGCAAGUGGUACAAAUUGACAGACCUCCAUGUCCUGGUAUAAGUGCUUUAAAUGGGAUCAAGACAUUUGAAAACAGUAAGAACAAUAAAGAUAAAGAAAGGAGUUGUGAAGAGCUCAAAACAUCCUUGAGCAUUGCCACAAGUUUAAAUUCCUCUGUCAAUGGUUCAAAAGACUGCACAGACACAGCUUCAACCCAUACAAAUUCACUGAGCCCAUUAUUCUUCCAAGAUAUUAAGCCAAAAUUUGGAUUUGGUAGUCCUACUGAUUCCACGGAAGCUUCAGAAACCACCAAGCUGCAGCAGCUAGUGGAGAACAUAGACAAAAAAUGCAUAGACCCCAAUAAAUGCAUGGUCUGUCAUCGUGUGCUUAGUUGCCAAAGUGCUCUUAAAAUGCACUACCGAACACAUACAGGUGAGAGGCCAUUCAAGUGCAAGAUCUGCGGACGAACUUUUACAACCAAAGGCAACCUCAAAACACACUACAGCAUUCAUCGUGCCAUGCAACCAAUAACAGUGCAGCAUUCGUGCCCCAUUUGCCAAGAGAAGUUUACAAAUGCCAUGGUUUUACAACAGCACAUACGCAUGCACAUGGUUGGACAACUUCCUAAUGAAACCUUGACAGAAAGCUACCAGGAAUCUUGGGAUGAAAGUAAACAGGAUGAGAAUUGCUCAGAUGAAACGAUGGAAGUAAUCAACUGUGUUUCUGACACUAAAGAUGCAAAGCCUCCCAUGGACAGUCUACUACCUUCCACAUUACGCCAGACAAUUAAUACAUGUGGUUCUGAGAUUCAAGAGACAGUUUUGCAAGAGGAUGGUUUUCUAAAUGUUAGGUUGGACAAUGGCUCAAUGAAUGGAAACUAUUUGGUGCUAAAAACAUCUGGUAAUGACCAGAUUAGCUCAAAAUCUAGAUGCACCAAGUCAUCAAUAGUCUGUGACCUUUUCCAGAAAAAGAGCUCAUUACUGAACAAUAGUACAUUGCUCACAACUGAGACACACCUUCAAAAAUCAUCUGAAGAGCUCACCAGCUCUAGUCUCUUACAGUCAAACCGGACUAAAUUAACAAGUCCACUUAAUUUGAAUGCUGCAGAUAUCCUGAACCAUGACAUGACCAUGAGGCUUUCGUCUUGGAAGCAGGAAACCUCUAGGAGCUAUGCAUGUGAUGUCUGCAACAAGACUUGUACCUGUCAAAGUGCCUUGGACGUUCACUAUUGCAGUCAUACCAAAGAGCAGCUAUUUAUUUGCACUGCAUGUAACCAAGGUUUUUCCACUAAAGGGAACUUAAAACAACACAUGCUGACCCACAAGCAGCAAGACAUUCAAGGUUUAGUCUUGUCUGAGCCAGCAAAUGAAAGUUCCUCUAUGGAACACCUAAUUUCAUCAAAAAUUAGGAUGGAAUUCAAUAGCAUCUUAAUUAAAGAUGGCAAAGAACCUGUAUUAGAAAUGAUGACCUCCUCAGCUCCUCCAGUGGCAAAUCUUAAAGCAUCAACAUAUCCACCACGUCGGACAGCCAAGCAGCAUUUCUGCCAGACCUGUGGGAAGACUUUUUCUUCCUCCAGUGCUUUGCAGAUUCAUGAAAGAACUCAUACUGGUGAGAAACCUUUCGCCUGCAGUAUCUGUGGACGUGCCUUUACCACCAAAGGAAAUCUAAAGGUUCAUUUGGGAACCCAUAUGGGGAACGGUGCACGACGUGGCUGCAGAAUCUUUGUCGAUGGCUCUUUGAGCUUCCUUAAAUCCAGUUCAGUAAAAGUUCCAGAGAUUCACACAAAAGAUAAGACCAGCAUUAGUGAGCCUGUUGGCAUCUGGAAUCAGUAUGUAAUAACGCCUUUUGCACUGAAAAGCAAUGAAAUCUCUGCGAUUCAAAAUUGAAGUGUUCCACACCUAUCACUUUCUGUUGGGCAUGGAGAGAGUUCAAUAAUUGGUUGAUGGACAGCAUGUAUAGAAAAACUGUAUCAUGUAACUAAAAAAGCUCAGCCUUGGUUUGAGAGAUUUAGUGAGAAUGGGAUAAAUUUUAAUUUCAGUUCUGGUUAAAGAGUAAAACUAAUGUUUCUAAACAGGCUUUUUGAAAACAAAACAUUCAUGAUUUAUUAUAAAAUCAUAAUUAAAAUUUCAUGUAUUCUUUUUCAACAAUUGCUUUACCCUAAUCAUGGAUGUUGUGGGUCUAGCAAGACACAAGCCAGGAAUAUACCACUGUCAGGGCAUUAGGGCAUUACACAUUCACCUUUUUAUUCACUUACACACAUUUAGAGGCAAUUUACAGUGGCCAGUUUACCUUCAGCAUGCUGUUUUAGAGGUAGGCUUAUUGACAUUGAUAGUUGGUUUGAACGUAUGUCCCCAAAGCCCUGGAACUGUGUAGCACCCAUACUAUUUUGCUGCUCGGUGGGUGCACUGAUGUAUUGUUUUGUCUGCACAAAUCAAAUGUUUGUAUUUUAACAAGUUUAUAUUUUGCAGU